GCUAGUUCGUUGGGCCGCUGGGUACCUAUCGCUCUUUAUUGUUCGUUGAAACAUAGUGUAUUUUGUAAAAUUAGUAGAACAUUUAUCUAUAUGAAAUAACAUGCCCGUUAUGUGGACAUUUUCUUCAUCAUCACAAUCAUUACUGAAACGCUGCCUCGAUGUCGCAGCGCCUGCAGAAGCCGACAACAAAUGGGUGAAGAAAUUCAAGCGAAAAGAAGAAAUAUCUGUUGAAAAUGAAACUAAAAAAGAUGAAAAUAACAAAAAUAAUGUCGUGGAAGUGUUUGACAGUGAUCUUGAAUCGAGAGAAAGUGAAAAACAGGAGAAUUCGACCUCUGAUAGUUACGAAGAAUUAUUGGAAAAUCUAGAUACAGAAAUCGAGUUAAAAUUCGACUUCCUUCAAGAAAAAUGUUUGGCAUACCCGGAUUUCAUAACCAAGCUGCCCGAAAAGUUAUCUACAAGCGCUAUAGAAAAGAUUUGUAAACUUUUAUUCGAGAAAUCCGAUGUGGAUAAGCAAUUUUUAGACAUGUUUUACCAAAAAUUCUUCCCGACGCUUUUAAAGAGAGAUAACUCGUGGUUUUCUUUAGAUUUACUUGUAAAAGCGGAGAUUGCGCACCCUGUAGCAUUUGGAAAAUUGUUACCAAUGCUGUUGAAAGAUAUAGAAAUUCCAAAUAAAGUGUUGCAAGAAUUUUAUCAAAUAUUAAAUGAAGGAAAGAAAGCUACCUUCAUGAAGAAAAUAGUAGAAACAGACUUAACGGCUGAAGAAUUCGAACACAACCUUUUUACAAUACACACAGCAUACAAAAACUGUAUUAAAAACAUGCAAACACAAAAAUCAAUACAGAAUUUGUUAGUUAAAUACUCUGAAAGGUGUUCAAGUGAUAAAAACUACGGUAAAUUACUCCUUUCCUUUUUACAAGAACAAAAAAAUAUGGUGACCAAAGAUAUUGAGAAAUUGGAAAAGGCAGUAGAAAUGCAUAAAACACCAUUUAAGAAACCAUGCUUGAAUGUUUUAAAGGAAAUAAUUGAAAAAUGUAUGAAUAAUAACUAAAUACUCUUACCUUUCUUGUAGCCUGAUUGUAAGUGCCUUGUAAAAUAAAAUUUUGAUGUCUUCUUCUACCGUGUGGUUUGUGAAGUGGAUUACCAACCUCAUCAACCCUGGUGUCAGAGUUACUAUUGAGCCGCCAAAGGCCCCAGACAGGACUCAUAUAACAACUAUUUUAUUUUUUUUCUUAUUUUUAACGAGGCUUUGAACACCCUGUGUGAUCAUGCCAGCCUCAUAGGUGCUUUCGUGUACCUAUCCCUUAGGCAAGGGAUUGGUAAACCAAAUAAUAUAAACUAAAAGCCUUACUUGAUAGUGGCUCUGCCAACCAGCAAUUGACUUCUCCGUUGCCAAGAGAAAUCACACCCUGAGAGCGAAAAACCUUUCUUCGCACGUCUAUAUUCCGGGCACAUUCCAACAAAAUAUGGGAAAGGUCAUGGACCAUAUGACAGUCAUGGCACAGAGGUGAAGGUUUAAUACCCAUUAAAUGAUAAAACUUAUUUGUUGGGAUGUGUCCGGAACGCAGCCUGAGAGCUGAGAUCAAUAGCUUCCUAUUGAGGUUGGCAUUCUCAAACCAAAUAUAACAACUAUGUAAAAAAAAAAUAAGUGCGACAUUUUGCCAUGUAAUUCUAUGACGUCACAGGUUGCUUUUUCAUACAAAUUCUGUAGUAAUUUCGUACCUAUGUUGACAUUUAGUAAAAAGGAACUGAUUUGGCUCGUUGGAAACUAACCUCCAAGGCCGCAGGACAUCUUUCGUAGUGCAGACUUUACCUAACAGGCUUGGCGCUUUUUUACCAGUGGGCACUUUUGCUUCUCGGCACAUAAUAAAAUGAAAUGUGCAUGAUGUCCUUUCUAGAUUAAAAUGUUUACUGUGUAACUGAAAAUUAGAUGACGACCUCUCACGUGCAAUGUUAUUUUUUGAUAAACACAUUGGAAUUUAUGUACAUAGACCCACUAUGGCAAGAAGCCACCCGAAGGAUUUUUCCAUUUUCCCUAGUGCCCCACAUAUGGGACAUGCACGUAUGAAUUUCAAACUGUAUUGCCUCAUAUGUGGGUGACAGUGAAAGUGUUAUAAUUAUGAAUUUAUUUUAUUUGUGAAAUUGCAACUCUUAUUGUUUUACAAUAAAUGCAUAUUGCCAAUUA